GCAUUAUGGGUUUGGUUUUAGCAUAAUCUUUUUGCCUAAUGUGAAUCUCGUGAUAGAUGUUACAGCCACCAUUUUGUUCAUUGUGUUAAACACCACAUCCUCUGUACACCACAAUAAGGUGCACCCUGUACACCCUAUAUGUGUUUUAUUUCCAUGCAAUGCGUUGUGGUGAAUCAAUGCUGUUUGUGUGCUAAACUCAACGAAAGUUAACCAUCAUCAGGUAAAGUACCCAAAGGGACUCAAACAGAAGUAGGCCUACCCUAACGUAUGCAGAAGAAGGCAACAAGAAUGCUUUCCCUUGAUGAUAAUACUUAAAUCAAACCCAUUUUUCUGUGUUUUUUAAAGUUAAUGCCCCACUUUGAGAUUGCAUCCCUGCCAAUCACUAAACAAACGAUUCACACUUGAUUAAGCAGUAAAUAGUUGUCCUUAUCACACACACACACAUCACACAUCACACAUCACACAGGCACACAGGCACACAACCACACACACAACCAUACAUAACCAACCCAGAUUCGCUUUACAUUAGGCUUUGAUCUGAAGUAAUAAGAGAACUCCUCUGCAAGCUUACAACAGACUUCAAUACACUUUUCUCACAUGAAACCCUGACACAGUGAAUGAUUGCGUUGUGGUGGGUGCCUAGUUGGUAACCAUUGUUCAGGAAGUCCAACACAAGCUGUACCGUGUGCGCGUCAUCCAAUGGGCCCUUUCAGGGGUCAGGAUGGUCAGUGUGCGUGGGACGCUGUGAUGUCCUCACAGUGGUGUGAAAACAGCUUCUGGUGUUCCUCAUGCACACGUACACACAGCAACUCCUCACACUCAGAGAGAGGGACAGAAGUGUGACGAGAGGUUACCACAGAUCCUGUGAGAUACCAACCAUGAGAAAGCGGCAUCGUGUGUGUGUGUGUGUGUGUGUGUGUGUGUGUGUGUGUGUGUGUGUGUGUGUGUGUGUGUGUGUGUGUGUGUGUGUGUGUGUGUGUGUGUGUGUGUGUGUGUGUGUGUGUGUGUGUGUGUGUGUGAAGUUCACACCUCAGAGAGGAGAAGCGGAUAUGGUCGUAAUGGCUCAAAAAAUAACAGAAAGAAAAGAUAGAUAUUAGGUUUUAUCUUUUCAUUCUUGUGUUCUUUUUUGAGCACGCAGCUCCCCGAAAGGUUUCAGUUCUCGUUGAAGAGUGUGUCAUCAUGGACAAGUCAAUUCAUGUUAACGUUUAUUCGAUAAUCACACUUUUAUUCACUUUGGGUUCGUAGCAGGGAUCCCAUUAAUAACACAUCAUAUAGAAUACAGUUAUUUAAAUGUCAAGCAAAGAAUUAUCAAAUCAGCUGUUUUUAAUGUCAUACAUCUGUUUCAUUAGAACAGAUGUAUGACAUUAAACAUUUAAUCUACCAAUACAAUUUCUGCAGGAUUUGUAGUUCUCUUUGUAGAAAUGUUGUGUUGUGUGCUCAUGUUUAGUUAUAAACUAUGUGCCAAUGAUACCACAGUGGUCUGAAUCCUCAAUGGCUUCCUAGAUAAAACACUUUGCGUUCAUCUGUUGUGAUGUAUAUUGUCUUUAUAACUUAAAAUAAGAAACAUUUAGAAAUGACAGACAUGCAUAAUGACUUCCUUAAUCUCAAAACAAAUUAACAUUGUAUUUGUAUCACACUUUGAAGUUGUUGCUUUGCUUUCCCGUGAGUUGACUUGUUCGGGUCUUAUGUUUAGCUUAUGUGUUGCCUCGUACAGAAACACGCUGAAUAAUAUUAAGAACUUGGUUUCACUCCGCAACACGGAUGUAUGCCGUAUGGUUCAAGAGUGCAGCUGAAUUUAAUGAAGAAACUAAUUCCCGUAAUUAAAAAAUUGUCAGAGCAGAUUUAUCCUCUAGACAAGGAUGAAAAGUCAAAAAGUAAAACGGCAUAGUAUAAACUAAGUAUAAACAUGGGUGAGGUUUGGCAACUGACACAGUUAAACUGUGGUGGAGAACCCUGGCCGGUUGGUUGUCCUUAUCAUCGGAUAGCAACCACCAUAGAAAAAGCACUAGGUAUCCUUCUGUCAAACCGCCCUCCUGCUGCCCAACCUAGCUGUAGAAAUAGAUACCCAAAGAUUGUCAAAGAUAUGGAGACCCACAUGCAUGCACACAUACCUACAAACGCACUCUCACUCUCCCGCACACGCACGCCUCGUCAGGAAUUGCUAUGGGGCCGGUCUGGGUGUGGACCCAUACCAUACUCGCAUCCGGAAAUAAAACAGACAAGGUAACAUAAAACCACAUUACGUCGGAAUUGAACCGAGCAGGCAGCUGACAUCAAUUCACAGAAUUGUUUUCUUCUUCUUGCGUUGGUCCUUUUUCUCUGAUGUGUUCGUGCAAUGGAUGAUGACGUCCAGCAGAUGUCAUGAGAGGCAUAAGAAAAAUACAGAGGGACCAUCUCCUCCAGGGGGAGGAAAGGUGUGUUUGGGGUGUGGCCUCACGGAGGAAGCCACUGAAGGGCAGGGUCGGAGGGAGCCCAGGCCAGGUGCGUGUCUGUGUGUGUGAGCGAGUGAGUGAUGUAAAGAGGUUAAUGUGCGUCUGUGCUCAGUGUUGACAUGCAGCUCGUACCUCGGGUGUGUAACCUGGUGGACGCGGAUGCACGGGUGCAGUAGACCCGGCCCUCGCAGGAUCUCAGGUUUGUAUAAUCGUCUUCUCUGUGGCGGACGUCAUGGCGAUUGGGGACAAUACGAAGGCAGACCUGGAGCUGACCUGGGAGGUGAGGGCCAACUGCCGCCAGCGCUAUGCCCGCGGCCGCCGGAGGUCCUUCCUGUGCUUCCGCUGGGGCCAGUACGCGGACAACACUGUGCGCAGCUAUAAGUACUCCCUGCUGACCUUCCUGCCCCUGACGCUGUUUGAGCAGUUCCACCGUGUUGCCAACAUCUACUACCUCCUCAUCGUGGUGAUGCAGGCGAUUCCCGCCAUCGCCUCACUCCGCUGGUACACCAACGCCAUCCCGCUCAUCCUGGUCUUGACCGUCCGAGGGCUGAAGGACUUGGCCACCGACCUGGCCCGGAGGAAGAGUGACUCCCAGAUCAACUCCCGGGCCAGCGACGUGCUCGACUCGACGAGCUUCUGCACAGUGCAGUGGAAAGACCUCUGCGUGGGAGACGUGGUGCGGAUCCACAAAGACCAGCCCGUCCCUGCGGACCUCCUGCUUCUCUGCAGCUCAGAAGAGUACAGCCUAUGCUAUGUGGAGACUGCGGAUAUCGACGGAGAGACCAACCUGAAGUACAAACAAGCCCUGUCCAUCACACACAACGAGCUGACCAGUGAGCCCUCUGAGAAAAGCCUUGCUGACUUUGAUGGGGUGGUGUGGUGCGAGCGCCCCAACAACCGCCUCUACGCCUUCAGGGGCCACCUGCGAUGGCACGGAGAGGAUCACGUGCUGAACAACGACCACAUCCUGCUCCGAGGAACCGUGCUGCGCAACACGCAGGUCGCCUACGGCCUGAUGAUAUACGCAGGUGCAGACACUAAGAUCCUGAGGAGCUGUGGCAAGCUGAGGGUGAAGUCCACCCACGUGGACCGGCUGCUGAACAAGAUGGUGAUCGGGAUCUUUGCGUUCGUCCUGCUGACGUCUCUCCUCAUGGCGGUGGGUCACGGUGCGUUCGAGAGCCAGGUGUCCCGGUUCAUCCCGGCUCUGUCGGCGCUCACGGUGAACGGAGACCCCGUCUACUCUGCCUUCCUCACCUUCUGGAGCUACAUCAUCGUGCUGAACCCCCUCAUCCCCAUGGCCCUCUACAUCUCGUUCGAUGUGAUCCAUGUGCUGCACAGUCUGUUCAUCAACUGGGACGUGGAGAUGCGCUGGGAGAAGAAGGACAGCCCGGCCCGCGCCCGCAACACCUCCCUGAACGAGCAGCUGGGCCAGGUGGGCCACCUGCUGAGCGACAAGACGGGCACCCUGACGCAGAACCACCUGCUGUUCAGGCAGUGCUGCAUCGCGGGCCGCGUCUACGGUGAUGCGUCAAUUUCCGUCGAGGAAACGCAGCAAAUGGACCUGAGCUGGAACCCAUUCGCCAGCGGGCAGCUGUCCAUGUGGGCCCCUGAGCUGGUGCAGUUGCUGAGGGCCCGGCAGUGUCCGAUCGUCAGCGAGUUCUUCACCGCCCUGGCCCUGUGUCACACCGUCAUGCCGGAGCAGAGCAAAGGUGCCCUGCUGUACAAGGCCUCCUCCCCCGACGAAGAGGCUCUGGUGGGGGCGGCCCGCGACCUGGGCUGGGUCUUCCACUCCAGGAGACGGGACAACCUGACCUUGCUGGAGCUGGGGGUCACCCGGGAGUACCAGCUGCUGGCCACGCUGGAGUUCACCAGCCAGAGGAGACGCAUGUCCAUCCUGGUGAGGGACCCAGAGGGGGGUCUAAAGCUGUACUGUAAGGGGGCUGACAUGGUGAUCCUGGAGAGGCUGCAGGCCGGCUGUCCCUGCCUGGAGAGCACCGAGAGAGCCCUGGAGUCGUUCGCCCAGACGUGUCUGAGGACGCUGUGCGUGGCGGUCCGGUGCGUUCCCGAGGAACUGUGGGAAUGCUGGAGUAAGGUCCUGACCGACGCUGCAACCAUGGCGACCGGCGAGCGUGACGCGGUACUGGAAGCGCUCCACGGCGACAUGGAGAGCCAGCUGCUGUUGCUAGGGGCAACAGCCAUCGAGGACCGGCUGCAGGAGGGCGUGCCCGACACCAUCGCGUUGCUCAGAGAGGCGGGCCUCAAAAUAUGGGUGCUCACAGGGGACAAAACAGAGACUGCAGUGAACAUCGGAUACUUCUCCAAACUGCUGGAUCCUGAUACAUGCUUGCUAGGAGGGCAGGAACUGAGAGAGGUCCUCCGGUCUGCGGACCCGGGCUACAGCGCGUCCUCGUCCAGACAGGGGAACGCCUGGUGCGUCAACAUGAAGACGGCCAGGGCCAAGACGGCUCUAGUGAUCUCUGGACCCGAGCUGGCAGAGUUUGUCCAGGAGCCAGGCAUGGGGGCCAAGCUGAUAGGGCUGGCCGCCCAGUGCCAGUCGGUAUUGUGCUGCCGCGUGACGCCGGGACAGAAGGCGGACAUCGUCACGCUGAUCAGGAAGUACUCCAGCUCCAUCACCAUGGCCAUCGGCGACGGCGCCAACGACGUCAACAUGAUCAAGACUGCUCAUAUCGGCGUGGGGAUCGCAGGCGUCGAGGGGGGCCAGGCGGUGCAGAACGCAGACUUCUCAUUGGCCCAGUUCAGAUUCCUACAGCGUCUCCUAUUGGUCCACGGCCGCUGGUCGUACCGCCGCAUCACCUUCUUCGUGCUCUUCUUCAUCCACAAGACCUGCAACUUCGCGCUGGUCAACAUCUGGUUCGGUUUCUUCAACGGCUUCAGCGCUCAGUCGAUGUAUGAGAACUGGUUCAUUGCCAUGUACACCUCGCUGUACACCUCCAUCCCCAUCCAGUUGUACGCUUUCUUCGAGCAGGACGUGAGCGCAGAGAGCAGCCUGAAGAGUCCCGGCCUGUACCGGCCCGGCCCGCUGAACCGCCUCUUCAACCCGCUCACCAUCGCCGCCAUGCUGGCGCAGACCCUCUUCUCGUCGCUGGUGCUCUUCUUCAUCCCCUACGGCGUGUUCCACGACUCGCCCCUGGACUACCAGACCCUGGCCGUCACCGUCAGCAUGGCGGACAUCUUCUGCGUGGACGCCGAGUUGUUGCUCCUCACCCGCCACUGGACGGUGUUCAACGCCGUCUUCCUGUGCAUCGCGUUCGGCUUCUUCUUCAUCGUGACGAGGAUCACCCAGCAGCCGCGGCUCUUCCAGCUCGCCCCCGCCGACUACUUCUUCGUCGGGGUCUCUGAGAACGCCUUUGCCAACCCCCUGGUGUGGCUGACGGCGUUGCUGGCCGGCGUGACCGCAGCGCUGCCCGCGCUCUUCGUCUUCGUCUUCAACGUCCUCCUCAGCCGCCCGGACACACACAGGGUCCACUCCCUCGCUGGUCCCCGGCCCGUGGAGCUGAGGUCGAAGGUCAGGAGGAUAGACUCGGGGCGACGCCCUUCCGGCGUGGCGUCUCGGGUGUCGUCGAAGGGGGCCGCCCCGGCCUCUGGGGGGCCCCACCCCCACCCCCACCACCCCCGCGGGCUCCCGCUGCUGGGGGACAGACCCACAGUGGACGGGUCGGGCAUCGAGCUCAACGUGCCGUUCAUCGGGCAGAAGCUGCUUCCUGCCAUCGGGAAAAAGCCCGACCACGACUGAAGAAGGUUUUAUUUAUUAACUUUUUUUACUUUUAUCAUUUGGAUUUUUAUUAAGUCAUUUCACAUUUAUAAGUUCUAAUUUUAUUUUUAUUGUGCUUUCGAAUGCGUUGACAAUUAUCCUUUUUCUACGAUAGGGUAGAAUAUAGAUUAGGUUGGAAGUGACACUCGACCAAUCUAAUGUAUACAUUUUGUAACUAUGUAAAUACAGUUAUAUACAAAACGAAAA